CACUCCCCGUCCCUUCCACAUGCGAAGCCACCUCCCAUGGGACGGCUCUUGCUUCCUUUUUUAGACACUGAGCCCGUUUCCUGGGUGGUCGUACUGUUUGUACCCACCUACUUCGAAUUAUUCCCGCCCCUCUUUUCUGCCUGUUAUCUUUAUCUGCAACUCCCCCUACUGUGAGGUGGCAGCCAUCUUAACUCGGUCUGGCUCUCUUCAGGGAGAUACGAGCUAGCACUUGAGACGCCGAUAGGUGCUAAUAAAAAGUGAGACCGAGAGAGGUGCCGAGUCGCAUUCUCCUGUUUCUUUGUUUUGUGAGACGCAGACAGUUUCCCAACAAGGAAGAACUUGACUUCGCUUCUGCGUUUCAACAGUAGUUCUGUACUACGGAGCUUGAGGACCUAUCCCUCCACCAUUGAAGCACUGUUACGUUAAAACUGGAUCCAUCCGAAUUUGUAGAUGAGACUGUAAAUGCUGUCUGCACCACUGGAGUUGUCACCCUGAUGCUGAAGAAUUGGCUGAUCUCAACAAUUGACUUUUGAGGAUUUUAUGUAGCUCGGCCAUUGGCUUAUGCCAUGAAUAGUAAAGACGAUAUUGUGGAGAAGAAGGCGGUUCAUUCUUGGUCCAGAAUUACAUCAGCUGGACAGACAGCUCUCUUGGAAGCCUUAAGAGUAUUCAGUCCUAUGUCCAAGGACCUUCUGGAUACUGAGACGCAGCUUGUAUCUUUCCUUCAGGGACUCAAAGACGAGGGUCAUAAGGCCACUGUUCUGAAGAGCAAAGACGUUUAUGGUUACGAGUCGUGCACAGCAGAAACUCCUUCAGUGGAAAAGAUGUCAAAGCCUUUAGAUACUACUGGUAAGGUUACAAAAGUAUUAAAACCUGUAAAGAAAAGAGCCAGAAAAACUGUUGCCAAGAAAAAAGAAAUCAAUUAUGCUUUGUUGAGUGCUGCAGCUAAGUUAGUAUUGAAGAAUCAACCCAAGAUCCUGUUGACUAACCUUUCACAAGAGUCUCUGAAGCGAACAGUUGCAGUGCUUUCCAAACCAUCGGCUUCCACUGUUCAUGUGGUUAAUUCUACAAAAAUGCAGCCGUGCCUGAAAUUGACAAAACUAACGGCACCCUCAGGGAGCCCUACAGCAAGGCUACAAAUCCAUUCGGAAUUAGGGUCGCUGGGGAUUUCUGUGCCCAAUUCUAACUGGGCGCCAAAGCCAACAGGGACAUCGGCGCAACCUUUGGAAAACUCUGGUAAAACAUCAAAGGGACCACAGGCUGACAAAAUGCGUGUAAGUUCCUGCCCAGUGAAAAUGGCGGUGGCCCUAGUGGGUGAUUCUACAACAGUCACAUGUCAAAAUGACAGGGUGUUGAAAGAAAGUAAUAGCUACAAAAUGGUUCCCGUCAGGAUUGGCAAAACAAACGCACCAGGUGACAAACUAGGAUGGAGCGAUAAAGAUUCUGUCAGGGUGCUGAACUGUCAACCGGAUGUGGAGGUGAGGAAAAGGAAAAGACUAGAGGAACCAGAAGAGCCGACUGCGAAGACGAGACCUAGGAAUGGUUCGUGGGUGGGGAAUGGUCAGGAUGAGUCUGGGCUAAACGAGAACAAUCUCAGGUUCAAGGUAAUCAAAGUUGAUGACUCGAUUACAGACGAAGAAGUGAGACGAAAAGCCCAAAAGAUCUUACAAGUAAAUCUUUCUCCUGUGAUCGAAAUACGACCGCUUAUAGCUCAACCUUUUUAAACCACAGUGGCGUUUUCAUAGAACCUCUCUGCAUGAUACCUAGAACUGCUUUGUUUUUCUUAAGGUAUCAGUGAGCCCUUGUUUUAUGGAUCUGUGUGGCAUUUGUUUUUUUUAUUUCCUGGAAGAUUAAAGCUCUUUAUCCUUUAGUGUCAGCAAUUGAAAUGUCAAAACAAAUUGGUGAAUUUCCUGGGCAUAUGCAUCUUGUCCAAAAAAAAAAAGCAAGUAGUUUUGUUACUCCUCCUGUAAAACUUGAACAUGAAAGUUGUGUAUUUCUUGAGCUUGUCUUUGUAUAAUUAAUUGGUCAUGAACAGUCUACCAUUCUAUGGUGAGGUAGAUCACCCAGCAAGGAAAGGGGAAAACAAACCUCAAUUAAAAGGGCAGGAUAUGUGCUGCUUGCAGCUGGUGAUCUCUUGGAGUGCCAGUAAAAAGCCUAUGGUGAAGGAUGAUGUUGAUGAUGCUGGCUGGAAGUUCAGUUGGUAUUUGCCAUUGUAAAAUAGUGUGAAUGUAGAGCAUCAAUCAUGAAGUAUGUAAGCCACCAUUUCUGUACGUCUUUCACUUUUUUUCUGAAUUGUGAAAAUGACGAUUUGGGACCAUUUACACCUUUGGCACCUCUUGAGUGGUGUGCACAAUCUAAAGAUUCAGUAACUGGGGCAGGCCCUGGUCUCGGAGGGCCGAGUUUGUCUGGAUUUCAUUCCAUCUCGGACCUUGGUGACUUAAUUGAACCAGUGAAGUGAAUGAGUUAGGUGUGUUUUGGGGGUCUUGAUCAAAAUGGUGCCUUUUAAAACCUGCUGGAACCUGGUUUCUGAGAGCCAGGGUUGCUAAACCCUGUUGAAUUAUAUUCCACAUGCCCGAUAAUAUCAAUGAUUGAGGGAACUCGAUGGCGGAGUGGGCAGCCAGCUAAUGAGUGAAUAGAUGUAAUAUUUUAGUAACACUAGCGGGUUCUUCCACUUCUUUCUGGGUGAGCUCCCACACCAUACGAUGGUAUGUCUUUGAGGAGGGCUUUAUGUGAGAGGGGUCGCACACUCCACUGAGCUCAGUUGCUUACUGUGGAGCUUGCAUCCCCAAAUGUGAAAUUUCAUGAUUAGCGAUGGCUACAGUAUCCCAUUGAGCCUAACCUUUUUGCCUAUGGGCAACGGGAGGAAAUUGGAGUGUCCCAUAAAAACCCACGAACCCAGGAACAUGCAAACUCCAAAAACAUGAAAUUGAGAUGUUUAAACCAAAGACUUUUUUUUUGUCGACACAAAAAUGAAAGAAGCUUUCACUUGAUUUCCAGUGUUACUAUUUUUGAAAUGGGAACAAAAAAACAAAUUGAAAGGGAUACUGUAAUUAUAAUUUUCCAUUUUAAUGUAUGGAUCAUUGAUGCUUUUUGAACGGAUUGUUUUGGGGGCAGAACACCUCUUCUGGAUAGGCUACAAUGUGGAUCUCAUUCCUAAAGAUGCAUCCUCCCAUUCGAUGGCACACAAUCAUCUAAUAAACAAUGAAAGCUCUGUUUGACAAAUGCCCAGUGCUUUUGGACCAUGGAUGUUCUAGGGAUCAGCAAAGGGAUGAAUAAACUUGGAUGCAGUGAGGUCCUCUAUAAAAACCCACAUGGUUUUUCACAACCCUUCAAUAUGGUGCAAUUUUAAACUGAAAUGUAUUUUGUUUUUUGUAAAAUAUUGCACUGUGAUAUUUUGGUAUACAUUUUUUUUAUUUGAUUAUUUUUUAACUUCCAUUGUAAAGGAACAAAAAAUGCUUAAUAGAUAAGCCAUGCCAUCUUUUUACUAUGCAGUAUCCAUAGGAAAUGUUUUUUUUUUCUAUUACUAGGAGGCAUAAAAUCUGGUAUUUUUUUAAUGGGGUGAACUUUCUAACUUUAUUAUUUUGAUUUUUAACGUACCUUUUAAGGUGCCAUAUUUCAAGUACCAUAUUUGGUAGAGAUGUAUGGCAAUAUGUUUAGCUGUAUUCACAUUUCAAAGUUGUUUUUUUCUUUGACAAUAUAAGGAGUAUUAUAAGGAUCACUUGAUUUUGAAAGUUAUGGCUUAUUCUGGAGUUUUUUUUCUUCCUAUUUUAAGUGAUCCCUUCUUCAAAGUCUAAAGUUAAGUGUCUUUAUUUCAAACUUUUCCCAGUUUUCUUAGUCUGCUGAAUGUAAGCGCCUUUUGAUACAGAACACAAAGAUUGCCCUUCUGUUUGUUUAAGGCAAAGUGGAAUUGCUCUGCUUCUCGUCUAGAAUGACAAAUUGUCUGACGUUAUCGUGCACCAGAAAUGGAUGCUUGCCUUUUAUUGCCAAAGUGAAACAAGUGAGUUGUGUCUUCUUGCUGAAGGGACCUUUUGCCCCGAUAGAAGAGGUUACAUUUAUUUGGCUUUCCACAAAUGGAUAUUGCAGCAAUUAGCCUUUUGUGGAAAAGCUUUGAGAGAGACGUGCUGUAAAAUAUAACCAGAGUGUCCAAAGUAGCUUAGAAACCGCUGCAAAACUUUUCUUCCCUCUACUUUCCAAAUAACCUUCAGCAAAGCCACAGUUAAUUUCUUCAAGUAGUAGAAACAGAACUGCAGUUGAAAUCUGCAUUGCGUUUUAAAGAUGGUUUUAUGGUCUUUUCAUUUCUGGUACACUACCUAUGGUUUUGUUUAUAAAGGAUGAACUGUUUUUGUGAACACAUUCUGUUUCUCCUCUUUAACAUGUAUAUACAACUGAUAUUCAACAAAGCUGAACCUGUACCAAGACUGUAGGCACAAAAACAUCCUCCGAGUUGCCCCAGUGUUUCUCGCAGUCUUAAUUUCGAGGCUGUACAACACCGUUUCGUGUCCAGUUCAGGCCUGACCACAGUGGUUUCCCAAUAAGUCAGAGGAUUCGGUGGCAACAGGGAUAUCUUUCAUUGGUCAGAUUGGUGAUGCAUAUCUGAGUUGUGCUGCAAUCAGUCUCAUCUCUGCUUUCCAAGGCUGCACGAGCAUGCUCUUAAGUUUAAGGAUAAAUCCAGCUGCCUGUGGUUAGUUUUACAGGAGCAGUUCUGUUGGAGUGUCCAUUCCUUUUUAUUUUUGCUCACCUGGAAGUAUACAGGUGAUUUUGCCAUGAUGCAUUGUCAUUGUUAAUGUAGUACAGUCCAAAUAGAACGUCUGCUUUUUUUUCCCCAGCAUACAUUGCUUGACAUAAUUUUGGGCUUUAAAAUCCACACAGGGUUGCCAAGCUGUUCCGAUUUUGUAACGGCUUUAAUCAGAUGAAAACUGCAAACCUGUGUUGGGGGGGAAUGUCAGUUGAUUAAAUGGAAUUUGUCACUUCCACAGCACUUGAUGCAAAGUAAUCUUUAACGCUCUUCUAAUGUUCCUGCAUUAAAUUAUUGAACUGCGUGCAAUAUCGGCAAUGUCUUUUAGUUUGUAUUUAUUCAUCUAAAGCUAAAUUUUGCAAGAACCUUGGGGCAGGGGGACAUUCAUUGUUGCACGGCCACGAUUAGAUCUUUCAAAAGAAACUCUGCUGUUUUGCACCUUUUUUUUUUAGGUUCUGCAUUUUAUUGGAACACAUUUUUCCUUGGUUCAAACGGAUUAUUUUUUUAAAUAAAACAUUAACAGUUAGUGGUUAAGAAGACUAAUUUCAUAUAAAAUAUAAUCUCUCACGAUUGAAAGGAUGGCUUUGCUAUAUAGGAAAAUUCCUCUUAAUCGUUUGACGAAGACUAUUUUUCUUGUUCUUAACUCCAGUGAUUCUCUGUGAAUAAUGUUAGAUUUUGUUGAAAGGAUGUACUGUCAGUGUUGAAUAUUUGGUAUUACUGUUCAGAAAUUGUGAAAAUAAAAAUUUGUUUAAAAAACUC